CCAAAGUUCUCAAAGGGCGCAUUCACUUUUCCCAAGCUUCUUCUUCCUCCGACGUUCCUUCAAUUCGAUUCCCUUUUCUUCUUCAAGUUCUUUUUUCUUACCUGACUUCUCUAUUUUAUGGAGACUCCGUCGUCGUCGACCACUCUUGCGCUACCAAAACAAUCACUGAGUCGUCGUUAUCCGAGGUUAUCACCAUCGUCGACAGCGUCCUCCGUUCCAGAGCUUUAUUCAUCAUCAUCGACAGACAGAGAACGCAGUUCAACAGAAUCUGCCAUAUUUACCAUAUAUUCCAUGUACGGUGACGACGAAGAACAAACCAGCUGGACUGCCUCUUCAACCUUCGAGGAUCCUUCCAAAGAACUUGACUUGUCCUUGGGGGACAGCUUCAAUUACAGUAACUUUUUUAAUCACAGGACUUCCUAUGUUUCCAAUACCGACACCACUUUCAUCGACCUAUCCUCAGACAUGAAGCCCUUCAGCACAUUGUCAAACCCUCAUGAUCGGACUCCGCUAUCAGUUACUUCGAAUGGCUCUGCUAACUCAUCCUACCCACUCCCACUUUCGAAUCACGCCAAUUCUCAUGGAAGAGACACCCUGGAACUUCCUACACGUUCCAAGCGCGUUCCUCCUAUCCCAACUCGUUCCCAAAGUGCUCUCACUUCAUGUAGUUCUUCAAGUGAUCUAGACGCCGUUUCGCCUCCUGUAUCACAUCUUACGCCUCCCCAUAAUCACCCACCAUCCUUGCUGAGAAGUAGAGAACGUCAUGUUCCUGAACCUACUUUGGUUCUCACCCCCCUACAGCCAACGUCUUUUUUAAUCCCACAAUCCUCUCAAACGCCAUCUUCCUCUCCCACCACUAAACAGCAGUCGAAAUUAAGCAGUCCUUCUAGCAAAACGUCGCUGGUGCCCUCAGAAGGUGAAGACCUGGACGCGUUCCACGUGCGGAGUACGUAUGCACACCUCGACGCAACUGGUGUCAGAGGCGAUGGCUACGAGGAGGGCGUGGAACGCACACGCGCACGAAUUCGUGCCAGUAAAGGAAGCGAGCUACGCGCAGAGGCUGCCCUGGCUGGUCCCUCAGAGAAAUCACGAGACCUUGAAGCUCGAGAGCUCAACGUGUUGUCAAGCUUAGACCGCUAUGGAUUCUUCAUCGUACCAUCUCACGACCGACUGGUUCUACUACCAUCUGGUCCUCUGGUUAAACGAUUGACUUCAGUCAGGGCCGGUUCGAAAUCAGCCCCAAGCCAUGCUGUGUCUGUCAGUUCAUUACCCGCAGCUUCAUCUCCGCUCAAGGAACAGAUGCGGGUUGCCAAGUGGGACAGGAUGUUGGAAGUUCUUAGUCGAGACGGCGGCGGAAAUGUAGAGUCGUGGGGUAUCAAGGCAUCGAAAGCGCACAAGCUUCGCCAGAGGGUAUACAAGGGGAUUCCUGACCGGUGGAGAAGGGCAGCUUGGGAAGUGCUCAUGAGUCGGUUUUCGAAAUCCGGACGCAAGGCGAUUGAGACACUUGGAGACCAUUAUUUACAAGACCUGGAGAAACCUUCAAGCUACGACGUUCAGAUCGACUUGGAUGUACCAAGAACUAUUAGUGGCCAUAUCAUGUUUCACACGCGGUACGGACUUGGGCAACGUUGCCUGUUCCACGUCCUACACUCCUUCUCAUUACGAUGCCAUCAAUGUGGCUACGUGCAGGGCAUGGGUCCCAUAGCUGCGACUCUCCUAUGCUACUUCGAACCUGAAAAAGUUUAUGCCGCCCUUUCCCGCUUACAUGAUAACUACAACAUGCACACAAUAUUUGCUCCCGGUUUUCCAGGAUUGUUGCAGGCCAUUUACGUGCAGGAACGAAUCAUGGAAUCGAAGAUGCCGGACGUGUACGCUGCGUUCAAGAAACACAUGAUUUCUACGACUUCAUACGCGACAAAGUGGUACAUCACGCUUUUUGCCAAUUCCGUUCCUUUUCAGACACAGCUCCGGUUAUGGGACGCGUAUCUCUUAGAGGGGGAAGACCUUUUCGUUGCGGUAGCCAUCUCUAUCGUAUGGGUCUAUCGAGAUCACAUUACAUCCAGUUCCGCCAAUUUCGAAACCAUAUUAUCCCUUCUAUCCUCUUUCUUCGUACCCGAAGACGACGACUCGCUUCUAUCUUGGAUAGAACGCAUGCUCGGUAACAAAAAGCUGCGAUCACAGAUGGCGCAGUGGCGUCAGGAGUGGGUCGGGCUCGUCGCUUCAGGUAAGGAUAGUGAAGCCCUUCUAUAGCAUUACUUUCUCUCCUCGCUCCCAUUCCCCUCCUUGCUGCUGCUUUCGUUCUUAAUCUUCCUUGUCUUGAUAUCAGACUUGCAUUGCUAUUGGAACUCUUGGUAUAUAUUGCGACUGCAUCACCGUCGCUGUACUCACUCUCACUGCCAUUGUUCGCGUCAUUAAUGGAACCAUUUAAAUGCAAUCUUUAUGAAUCCUAA